GCACUAUGAGCCCCUGUUUGGAGGAAAGGAGGGAGCGGAGAGCAGCCAAAGGGGAAAAGGGAGGAAGCAAUACAAUAGCAGGGCUGGAGCGUGAGUGGAGUGUACCUGGAAUGUGUGGCAGUAACUGACAAGGUGGGACUGUGGGGCUCGAUUCGGGCUGGCAGCGCAGGGGGGAGCCGCUUCACUGCCACACCAGCCCGGGCGGAGGCGGCGGCUGUCGGGCGCUGCGCAGCAAGGCGAACGGCUGACGAUGGCUUUGAUCCGCAACAGACUGGGGCUGCUGGUCCUUGGGGUUCUUGUCACUUUUGUCCUCUACCUGUUGCUCCCUGCCAUCCAGCACGAGAGGUUCACGUCCAGGGCAGGCAGCCACAAGGCCCAGGCCAGGGCUGAGGAGAAAGGCCAGCGAGAUGUCAACGUCACCGUCCUAACGGGGACCAUUGCAGGGAGCCCGUCCAUCUUAUUCAGAGAAGGCUUCCUGCUCCAGAGAGCUGGGACUCCCAGCCCCAAAAGGCUGGAGGUGAUUUUUCUGCAUGGCCAGGCUUUCACUUCCAAGACCUGGGAGGACCUGGGGACGCUGACCCUGCUCUCAGAAGAAGGAUAUCGCUCCAUUGCUAUCGACCUGCCUGGCUAUGGCAACUCCCCGCCUUCUGAUGCCGUCUCCACGGAGCAGGGCCGCGUCGCCUUCCUGCAGCAUGUGCUGAAGGAGCUGGGGAUCCAGAGGCCUGUUCUGAUCAGCCCAUCCAUGAGUGGCCGCUAUUCCAUCCCCUUCGUCCUGGUGCACGGGACGCAGCUGAAGGGCUUUGUGCCCAUCGCACCUGUGGGGACCCAGGACUACAUGUCCCAGCAGUACCAGCAGGUCCAGACGCCAACUUUGAUCAUCUAUGGUGAGCGCGACACCGGCCUGGGCGCUCAGUCCCUGCAGAGCCUGCAGCAGCUCCCAAAGCACAAGGUGGUGGCACUGCCUGACGCUGGCCACGCCUGCUACCUGGAGAAGCCUCGCGAGUUCCACGAGGCGCUGCUAGCGUUCCUGGGCGAGCUGCAGUGAACAUGGACCCUCCUGGGGCCAGAGCCUGGCUGCGCUGAGCCUUGGCUGCGUGGCUGGGACGCUGACUUUCUGACCUUGUCAUUAAGGGCUGUGGGACUUGUCCAGGGGUGGGGAGUUCUCACCGCUGCCACCCUCCUGGCUGUCUGAUUCCACGGCGAGUCGGGCUGGAGUGGGUGUGGGAGCCAGGGGCUUGGCAAGGGACUUGUUCGAUGUCGUCAGCCUCUGCAGGGGGAUGUGCCAGGUGCCGGGAUUCUGCCUGCUUAGGGGCAUGAUUCUGCCGUGCGUGUUGGGAGGUAGCCAGCCCCCUGCCAGCUUCUGGCUGUGCUCUCCUAUAGCACAGUCCUCGUGUUUGUUGCUUUCUCAUCCCCCCUGCCUUGCCUCUCUGCAAGGAGCCCUCGCUAGGGCCCCAGACCAUUGCUGCUGAAUGAUGGGCUGACGUGUUCGCCCGAGGGAUGGGGCACAGCCCAGGCGACCUUGUGGGGCUUGUUCCAAAGAGUGUUGCUGUAGAGUAGCUGAGCAUCUCGCUGGGCAGGGGCUGGGGUGCAGCGGGGCUUGGGCCCCACCAAUGGCUCCGAUGGGUUAGCAGUUGUGUCCAGUUGUUUGUAGGGGGCGUUAAAUGGGCCCUUUGCCCUUGAAGCAAGGGCUGUUGGCGUGUUACCGGGGGGUGAUUGAUUUAACUCCUGGGUGGGUAAGCUGCUCUGACCAGGCCCGGGGGAGGGGUCUCUGCGGAGGAGUCUGUUAUUAGGCCAAUAAACCAUUUGUACGGUG